GCAGGUUUUUUACCAUGGCUUUAGUUGCUGUCAGCAUCACCUUUCUCUCUGUGGUACACACGAGAAUCAGUGAAAAGCUGUUUGAGUUCAUGCAAGUAGUUAGUAAUUACCUAGCACCACCCAUUGCUGCCACCUUCUUUCUUGCCAUAUUUUCCACAAGAGUCACUGAACAGGGUGCCUUCUGGGGGCUGACUUGUGGACUUCUCAUUGGCUUCAUUCGAUUGAUGCUUGAGUUGGCCUACAAACCCUGGAGCUGCUCAGAAAACAGCAGGUGUCCUGUGAUUAUCUGUGGGGUGCAUUACCUCUACUUUACCAUAUUCCUCUUCUUGAUCAGCCUAUUAAUCAUCAUGAUAAUUUCCACAUUCACAGACCCGAUUCCGGACAAAUAUCUCCACCGGCUCUGUUGGAGUUUACGAAACAGCCUAGAGGAAAGGGUACUUCUGCAUACAGAAAUACUAAGGAGGAAAAGCAAACCCCAAGUUUACUCAGACAUAUUCCUGGAGGAACGGAGCUGCAUCUGGAAGAUUUGGUCUGUUUUCUGUGGCUUGGAGCUACAAGAAACCAAAUGUGUUAUAGAAGUAGCAACCAAGGAGAAGACAGAUCAUGAUGAAACAAAACAGAAACAGAUCUUUGAAGGGAUAAUGUUCGGAGACUUGAUAUUGAAAGAUAAAAGUAGAAGACAAGAAAGGAGAAAGAAUAGUGAGAAACCAAGUUCAUCCACCUGGAAAAAUAUUACCAGUGCCAUUGGGAUUUUCUUGAUAUUGGUCGCAGUCAUCUUACAUAUCUUCUUCCUCUAAAGCCUCUGAGGCCCCAGGGCGUCUGGGAAGAGUGCCUCUCAGACUUCCUCAUCAUAGAGAAGGGUUUCCUACCAGAAGACUCACAGAUAUAGGACCAAGAAUUACCCUAGUGAACAUGUUCCCUCAGUGUAACACAUCAAGUGCCAACAGCUGCAGAGCACUCAUGCCUACAGGACAGAGCAAAGUCCAUUCCCAAAGAAGAGAUUUAUGCAAAUGAGAACAUCUGUGACUUUACAAAAUGAGUCAUUUUUCUCCAAAUGGCACUACUGCAUAAACAGUGACUUUCACUUUAAAUUUAAUUUUGGCUUUUUAUCACAGAUAUAUUUGGGAUUUUUGCUUGUGUUUACUUUGCUGGCACCAUUUUCUUCCUAUCACUAACUUCCAUUGGCUUUCUCUCUCUCUUUUAAAGGCACAGUCCUGUGUUAUAGAUGCUACAUUAUAUGAGCCCUACCCCAACUGUGAUUUACACACACACACACACACACACACACACCACACACACCACACACACCAUGUGCUGUGUCCACUGCUGAUGACCACACAGGCCAGCUGGAGCCAAAGCUGCUGGCUGAUGGAAACUUGCUGUUGCCACAACCAGCGAUUAGGACUGAAACAAUCUCUGCCCUGAGGAGCAGCCGAUGCCCUCCCUACAACUCAGCACUGUUGUGUUGCUGCCAUAUGGGUGAGAAGGAAAUCUCCCUCCUGCCCAAAUUCUUCCCAGUCCUUCCCCAGAAUGCCUGCGAUUAAGGCAGGACCAGGAGUUGGUGUCCUUUUAGCUGUCAAGUGUAGAUUCCUUCUAGCCUAUGUCUCUGCAAAGAUUUCCUAAGCCUCUCCUUCCUUUUCCUUCACCUCAGACCAAAAUAAAUCAUUUUGUCUUUAGCAAAAAUUUUGAGAGCCUUAAACUGAAUUGGAGGAGACCCACCCAGCACCAUAGUCACACACUGAGGGUGAACUCACAUAACCAGCCAGCCUCCUGCCCCUAGUUGACUUCUUCAGCUGACAAUUUUUGUGCCUUCUCUGUGCCACCUACUGCAAGCAAAUAACCAUGAGCAGAAGCAUGGUCUAUGGGCAAAACAGACAAUGGAACACUCGCAAUGAAAA